AUGAGGAGGGAAUUUGAAGAUGAAGCAGCUGAAUUAAUCGGUUCAGAUCUGAGGGACCUUGGUUUUGCUGCUAAUAAACUCGCCAAAAAUGCUGUUAAACUAGCUGCUGUGUCCGGCGCCGGAGUCAUGGUGCUUGAAUCCAUUGCUUCCAUCGCUGCUAUCUAUUUGCUUAUUUUGGAUCGUACAAACUGGAACACCAACAUUCUUACAUCCUUACUCAUUCCAUACAUUUUCUUCAGCUUACCUUCAUGGAUUUUCGGCUUCUUCAGUUUGCAGCCAUUAAGAGACACUAGAGAGAAGCAGGUACAAUUGUGGAAGGAUUUUAUUCUAGAUUAUUGUAGAACACAAAAGGUAUUUGUAAUUGGGCUUGAAGAAGAAUUUCCUCUGUUUUCAAAUCCUGUAAUUGGAAGGUCUCUUACUUAUGAAGCUAGAGAAGCAUUCCUUUCAGCCUUAGUAGCUGAUGGACGUGCUGAGUGGAUGGAUAAAGGACAUAGAAAAUGUCUUAUUCUCUGGCAUCGGAUUCAAGAGUGGGCAGAAACUUUAGUACAAUUUGCAAGAGAUAAUGGGCUGGAAGAUGGUAUUGUGACGAUGGAAGAAAUAAGGUUUGGGACUGAAUCUCAAGGAACAGCAAGGCCAUGGAGCAAGUGAGCAAGAACUAGGCAUUAGUAGAUGCUAUUGGAGAACCAAUAGUUAAAGCUCUGGAUCGUGCUCAUAGGAUUGGACAGAAGAAAUAAGUACAAGUUUUCUGAUUUUGCAC